AUGAAUGAGAUGCGACCAGGCCAGGCUCUCGAGACAUCUUUACACGUAAAACGGCAACGCAUGUGGCAACCGUUAGAUCAGGGACCUGACUCUGGGGUAGGACCAUCGACGUCGGUAUCAUCACCUGCACCUGUUGGUGCUGCUGAUGUACCACUGGCAGACUCUGGAGUAGGACCAUCGACGUCGGUAUCAUCAGCUGCACCCGUUGGUGCUUCUGAUGUACCACUGGCAGGUUCGGUGCUCGCGUCGGCAAUGUUAGAUCAGGGACCAGACUAUGGGGUAGGACAAUCGUCGUCGGUAUCAUCAGCUGCACCCAUUAGUGCUGCUGAUGUACCACUGGCAGAUUCGGUGCUCGCGUCGGCAAUGGUAGACCAAGGACCACACCCUCGGGCGGGGCUAUCUUGGGCAUUGACACCGGCAGGUUCGAUGCCCUCGCCGGUAAUGUUAGUGGAAUGCGGUGGCCCAGGUUUUAUGACACCGUCAGACUCAGGCAGUGCUAUACGGCGUCCUCUUCCUCGUCCUCGUCGGCUUUUGGAUAAUUCUCAAAUAGAGUUCGCUGUCAACUGUGGCAGCGAACCAAGUACUUACGAGAGCGACGAAGAGGAAGAAUUGGCGCGUCUGUUCCUGCCUCGGACGGUCAUCAGUUUGAUGGACACGCCGAUCGACAUCGAGCCUGAUGAUGAAGCCACUUCCUCCGCCCAUUCAACCACCACUAAGAAUGAUAGGUCUGAAAACGUAUAUCGCAAGAAUAUAAACCAAUCUAUAGAAAAACAAGAGAGCCGGGACUGA